UCCUGCUCCGGUGCGGAGAGGGAGUCGAGCAUCAUCCAGGUCGUGGAGGCUGCCGGCAGCAGGGAUGGCGACGGAGCAGGAGGCCGCGGAGCAGGAGGCGACGGAGCUGCGGUGCCGAGUUUCGGUGGAGGAGCUGAGCCCGGGCGGGCAGCCGUGGCGGCGGCAGGUCCUGCGGGAGGCCCAGCUCAGCCUGGGCCGCAACGAGAGGCGGGAGCUGGUCCUGCGGCUGCAGGCGGGGGCGGCAGCGGGACCCCGGCUCUUCCCCCUGCGGGCGGCCCGGCUGUUCACCCGGUUCUCGGCGUCCGGGCGGAGCGGCCUGCGGCUCGGCCCGGCCCCGGACUCCGGCUCGGGCUCCGUCCAGCUGCUGCUGUCCGACUGCCCUCCCUACCGGCUGCGCCGCUUCCUGCGCACCCUGAAGCUCAAGCUGGCCGGAGCCCCCGGGCCCCCCACCACCCCGGCCCGGGCCCGCCUGCUCGCCCCCCGGCCCCGGGCCUUCCUUGCCCUCAGCCCCGUCCAGCUUGAGAACCGGCACCAGGAUGCGGACGCGACCUUAGAUGCCACCCCCCGGAAGCGGCCGGGGCCGGGGGCCAGGGUCCGGCCCAGCGCCGGGGCCGACACGGAGACUUCCACCCCCGAGCCGCUGCGGUCCCCCCGGCCCCGACCUCGGCUCCAGCUGUCCCGGGAGCAGGAGCAGGUGCUGAGCGCCGUGCUCCGUGGAAAGAGUGUCUUCUUCACGGGCAGCGCAGGCACAGGAAAAUCCUUUCUGAUGAAGCGGAUCCUGGGGUCGGUGCCCCCAGCGGGCACCGUGGCCACGGCCAGCACCGGGGCAGCCGCCUGCCUCAUCGGGGGCACCACGCUGCACGGCUUUGCGGGCAUCGGAUCAGGCCAGGCGCCCCUGGAGCAGUGCGUGGCUCGGGCCCGGCGCCCAGGCGUGCGGCGGGCCUGGCUCAGCUGCCAGCGGCUGGUCAUCGACGAGAUCUCCAUGGUGGAGGCUGCGCUCUUCGACAAGCUGGAGGCAGUGGCCAGAGCCGUGCGGCAGCGAGAGGAGCCAUUUGGGGGGAUCCAGCUCAUCAUCUGUGGUGACUUCCUGCAGCUGCCACCCGUGAGCUCAGGGGACCGCACGCGGCGCCCCCAAUUCUGCUUCCAGGCCCGGAGUUGGUCCCGAUGCAUCCAGGUGACCAUGGAGUUGACCCAAGUCCGGAGGCAGAGCGACCCAGCCUUCAUCUCCCUGCUGCGGAAUGUGCGGCUGGGCAGAUGCCCGGAGGAGGUGACCCGGCAGCUGCGGGCCACGGCCGGGCACAAGCUGGAGCGGGAUGGGGUGGUGGCCACACGGCUCUGCACCCACCAGGAUGACGUGGAGACGACAAACUGGCGACGUCUUCAGGAGCUGCCCGGGGCUGUGCGGUGCUACGAGGCUGUGGACAGUGACCCCGAGCAAGCCGGAACCAUCAAUAGGCAGUGUCCAGUGGGGCAGCAGUUGCAGCUUAAGCUGGGAGCCCAGGUGAUCCUGGUGAAGAACUUGGCGGUGACCCGAGGACUGGUGAACGGGGCCCGUGGGGUUGUGGUGGGAUUUGAGGCCGGAGAGAAAGGGCUCCCCCAAGUGCGAUUUCUAUGUGGGGUCACGGAGGUUGUGCAUUUUGAGCGCUGGAACCUGCAGAGCCCAGGGGGGCAACCCUUGAGUCGCCAGCAACUGCCCCUCCGCCUGGCCUGGGCCCUGUCCAUCCAUAAGAGCCAGGGCAUGUCUCUGGACUGCGUGGAGAUCUCUCUGGCUCGGGUGUUUGAGAGCGGACAGGCCUACGUGGCACUGUCCAGAGCCCGCAGCCUGCAGGGCCUCCGCGUGCUGGACUUUGACCCCGACGUGGUGCGGUCUGACCCCCGGGUGCUGCGCUACUAUGCCUCCCUGCGGCCGGAGGGCAGGCCCGGUGAGAUGCCUCCGACCGAAGAAGGGGACGCUUCUGACCAGGAGAAUGUGGCCCCGGAUCUCUGAACCCUGUCUCUGGUUAGGGGGUGGGGGAGAUGGGACCCUUCCUCUUUGCCUUACUCCACAGGAGCGGUGUUUCCCCUUCUUGGGGGGGGGGGGCGUUGACGCGGGGCCCUCUCCCCUCCCCUGUUCCCUUGGAGCUGGGAUGGGGCUGGUUCCCCUCCACUCCAACUCCCAGACCGCAGUGUCCCUCCUUGCCCCGUGCUGGGCCGAAAUAAAGCAUCCUUUGAUAGAAUUUCCAA